AUGGGUGGAACACAGUAUGGGAAGUUCCAAAACUUCUGCAGAGAUUCAACACUACCGAUAUGCAAUAUCCUCGUCGCCAACAAUCAGCCGCCCGAGCUCGCAUACGGCGGAUGUGUCCUUCGCGGCAUAACACUCAGCAACAACAGGAACCUCGCCAACUUGGGGUCAAUACUGCUUGCGGGCCUCGCAAUUUUGGUCACACUGUUCCUGCUAUGGAGAGCAGAAAGAAAAGCGGCUGCUGUCGGCCGUCGAGAAAUGCAGAUAUUCCUGGCAGGCUACUUGGUUAUCGAGAUAUGCGAAAUAUUCACCGUCGGAGGAUUUCCCUUGGACAAUGACGUGCGGAAAGCGUUUACAGCCGUCCACAUAGCGGCCAUCGUCGCCACUACGUGGAUCUUACUCAUGAAUGCGGUGGUGGGCUACCAGUUCCUUGACGACGGCACAGCGCUAUCACUUGGCUUGAUCGGACUCAGCGCUCUAGCCUUGUUCAUCGGCACCGGCUAUAUCGCGCUCGACACGGCUUUCUCCUGGAGUGGUUUCUGGGACAGCUCGUUACAACCACCACAUCAGCACUACGCGCUCUACACGCUAUAUCAGCUCGCGCCAUUGGUCUUCAUGUUCCUCUUCUUCGUCCUGGAAGCCUUCUUGGUUCUGAAGGUCCUCGGGGAAACGAAGCCAAUGAUCUAUCUCGUCGUCGCAGUCCUAUUUUUCGCCAUUGGCCAAAUCUUCAUGUAUGUGGUUUCGGUGCAUAUAUGCAACGGGACUAGUGGCAAAAUCAACGGGACGCUCUUUGAGACACUUUUCACCCUACUCAGCGUCGUUGCGAUCUUCGUGUUCUGGUCAUCAAUUACCGAAGAUGACUGGCCAAUGCAAUGA